UCCUAGGGUGUGGAUUCAGGAGCCCCACACAAAAUCACAUAGGGGAAGAACAACUGGUUGUACUUCUCCUAUGUACAGGUGGGCGGAUCUGAUAGGUACAACGAGGAUAACGUACACAAUUUCGUUUGGACUGUUCCAUCCCAGAUUACAGAGCCCUGUCUGUAUGUCUGUCCUGUCCUGUCCUGUCCUUGCAGAUGUGCAACUUCCAAGUGCGUGGGAAGAACUUACAUUUAUGGAAAUACACCCACCAGCUGCAGACUCUGUCCUCGCCUUUGUCGACUCUCGUAUUCCCAGGGGUUCACGUUUCGCUUUCAAUCUGUAAACAGAGGUAUAGACGGACGCCGAGCUCUUAUCUAUUUGCAAGAAUAUCUUCGUUUUCAUUUUCUGAGAUUGCUGUUGUGGAGCUUUUUGUAGAAGUGAUUUACAUGGCGACAGUUGCAAGCAACCAUAAAUUGUUCUACACAGAGAAUAACCUUUUAAUUGCAAAAGGCAAAAGAGAGCAUGCAUCAUAUGAUGCUAUCACCUCACCAAUUAAAAGAACCAGGAGGAAAAGUGAAACUGUAUCCAAAUUGGACGAGAUCGCGAUUGAAUCAUCUGUGCUUCCUAGGAAGCACAAACUUUCACAUUGUUCCUCCACUAACUGGAGUCCACAAAAGGGAAAAUUUUGCUCGGUUAUAAAAGCAUUGAGUUCUACUGAGAAGCAUCUGAAGUCUUUAGAUUCUUAUCUUGGAAAGGUGCAUAAUGAUGCUAAGCAGCCCUCUUUUGAAAAUUUGAACCAGAAGACAGAAUCGAUUGGUAAAAGUGAUCAACUCAAAGCCGACAAUGGUCUCAAAUCUCUAGAGGAUUAUCUUGGCAAAGUUAAAGGCGAUGCAGAGUCUGAAAACUAUGUUAACAAAGGUUUUACGGCAUUGGUAAGUACUUCUAUCAAGACCGACCAAGAAAGUGAAAGAGAGAGAUCAUAUAUGGAGUUAAAAACUCAGUAUGCUGGCGGCAAAAAGAAAUACGCAGAUGAAGCCCCUGAUUUCUACUUAAUAGGCGUAUUGGCUUCAAUAAACAUAGCAGUUUUUCUGUUUGAGAUUGCCACUCCAGUAAAAAACUCUGAUUUCGGGCUCUUUUCGCUCCCCAUGGUUUAUGGAGCAAAAAUAAAUAACUUGAUUCUAACUGGAGAGUGGUGGAGGCUAGUCACACCAAUGUUUCUGCAUUCAGGAAUCUUUCAUAUAGCACUUGGGAGCUGGGUCCUCUUUAGUUUUGGGCAUGAAGUGUCUCAAAAGUACGGUUCGUUCACUUUCCUACUGAUAUAUGUUCUUGGAGGAAUUUCGGGAAACCUGAUUAGCUUUUUGCACACAUCAGAGCCAACUGUUGGUGGAACGGGUCCCGUCUUUGCCGUUAUUGGAGCUUGGCUUAUUUACCAAGUUCAAAACAAAGAUGUCAUAGCAACGGAUGCUUCUCAGAAGAUGUUUCAGAAUGCAAUUAUCGCCACAGCUCUGAGCUUUGUUCUUAGCAAUUUUGGUCCAAUUGAUGACUGGGCACACUUUGCGGCAGCCUGUACUGGUAUAGCAUAUGGAUUUCUCACAUGCCCAUCUCUACAAGUGAAGGACAUACCUCCAGAAGUAGGUCGACAGGAAAGGAUCACACUCGUCAGACGAUAUGCAGAUCCUUGCAAGUCACUAAUAUGCUUCUCCCUCUUCCUCCUGCUGUUGAGCUCUUCCCUUUUCAUUUUCGAACCUCCGCUCUAUCUGAUAGAGUAGAGACAGAGAUAGGUAGGCAUAAAUCAAGUAAUAAUCCACCAUAGCAUGCGUGUAAAUAUACUUGGUGUUUAUAAGUAACUCGCCAGCAACAGCAUCAGAAGAUUAUAUAGUCAAUCUUCUAUAUAUAUAGAAUGCAUUGUAGCCAUACUACUUUUAGCAAGUCUUAGGACUUCAAGUCUCAAAUAUCACACCCUUUGUGAAAGUUUCAUAUACUAAGGAUUGUGGUCGUUGUAUAAGAUUCCUGUAUGAAUUUUCUCAUUGUUGUGGUGCAUAUACGUUGCUCUUUGUUUAUGAAUUGAAAUUUCUAUUUUAAA